AUGAUUGAACCUCAACAUCAAAUUUUGAAUGGUAGAAAUUUUCAUGCUAAUGAGAAAGUUGCUUAUCUUUUGCCCGAGGAUAAUGAUGAAAUGAGCCGUGUUCACAAGCAACAUGUCGUCUUGAAAUAUACACUUCAAUCUAAUUUCCAGGCACCACUGCAAGAAAAGUUGGAGCAAGGUAUCACAGUGUUAGAUUCUGGUUGUGGCCCAGCAUCCUGGGUGUUUGAUAUGGCCAAAGAUUUCCCUAAUUCCAAGUUCUGCGGUAUUGAUAUUACAAGCGCUUUUUCUCAAGACACAAAGCCAAGCAACUGUGAAUUUACAAUUGCAAACAUCGCUGAAAAGAUUCCAUAUCCUGAUAAUCACUUUGAUUUUAUUCAUCAAAGAUUGCUUAUUUUGGGCUUGACAGAUGCUAACUGGGAUUUCACUCUGAAAGAAUUGCUUCGUGUAUUGAAACCUGGCGGUUAUAUUGAAUUGCACGAGCCUGACUUGCAUGAGUUAAAUAAUAUGGGUCCUUUGCUCCAGCAAUUGCAACACACCAUGUCCAACAUGCUGCAAUCAAGAGGCAUGCCACCCAAGAUUUCCAAUGAGUUGCAAGGUCGUGCUAUCAAGGCUGGAUUUGUGAAUGCUCAAGUGGAAAUAACAGCUCUCAAGCUGAACCAUGGCGGUCAAGCUGGAAAGAUGUUGUGGGAUGACUAUCAACAUGGCUACACCAACAUGCGCCCUGUCAUGGCCAUGUCUAAUGCGGAAUGGCAAGACGAAGAGCUCUAUGCGAUCCACAUUGACAACUGUGCCAAGGAAGCUGAGGCCUUGCAAACCAGUGUCAAUUGGUACACUUGUAUUGCUCAAAAACCACUUUAA